GGAUGGUUCGAGUCGUCUCGUCUGAGGUGAGCUAGGUCCGCCUCACAGCAUGUCCAUUGUGCGUCAAACUGAGCCACCCGAAAUGACAUUCUUCCAGGUGGUUCGGAGUUCAGGAUAUUGAAUUACGAUAUCGAAGUGUCGCCAAUCCAGAGUGCUUGCAAGCUGGAGCCUUUUGACGUCCAAUUUGCCUAUGUGGGUCCGAUAGGAUCGGGCACGUUCUUGGCGCCAGCGAUGCGACAAGGCGGUCAGCGAGGCAUUCUCACGACGACGUUCACCUCGGUAACCACCAGUCCCUCUCAAUGCACGAGUUUUGCAGUCAAUGGACACCGUGUUCCUUUGCUGACGCGUGGCACUACCUUUCGUUUGUCGUAGUUCCCGAGCAUCUCAGGCCUCCAACGGCAGCUCGUCGCAUGUGCAACUCGCCACUAGCCACGCGCGGCGUCACAAUGGCUGUCCGGACAUGGAGGGCCACGAGUCCCAACUGCCCAGUUUGCGCAACUGGGGCAGUGCGCGGUGGACUGUUGCUGGCGCAAACGCUGAUAGAACCAACACGGCGGGACUGGCUUGGACAAGGCGGAAUCUUGCAGACCAUCACUGAUCCAACUCGGCGGAUACCGAAGCCUUUGAAGCUUGAAAACCUUCAUGUGGGGCCUAGCAUCGUGGGCCAUUGGAAUGUUGUGAUUGGUCUGCGACGUUUGGUUCCGAAUGGGCUCGCUGUGCCGCCGUCGCUUGCCGCAGGACUCCCCCAACAACCAAAACAAACAUUCCAUGGCACAAAUGUUUCCACAACAAACAUCGUGUUCCCUUUGUUUCGAAGCGCCUCGUGGACGCCGGAUCGGGCCAUGCAGGCACAUCUGCGGGUGCUGGAUCGGUUGGGAUCGCAGCGCCUGUUCGUCAGGCAUUUCGAGAAACCUGUGGCGCUGCCGUGGUUGGUCGCAUUCCGUUUGCUAGCUGUGCCUUUCUCAAUCUGUUGCAUGCGCCUUUCGAUUCCAGCGUCCGAGAGCGAAAAGUGAGAGAUGACCCGCCCGGACUGGUUCGCGACGGUCGGGCGUCGGGCGUCAGAGCACGCUAAAUAUACCAUAAAAGGAGACUUGCGGUGAUGCCCUUUGUACGUCGCA